AUGUCACAGGACCCACUGUUCCUGGACCUGAUGGGGACCUGCCACUCAGACACCACUAAGCCAGCCAUCCUGAAGCCUCAGCACCUCACCUGGUACCGUAUACACCUGGCCCGGGGCCUGACGCUCUACCCCCCUGACAUCCUGGAUGCCAUGCUGAAGGAGAAGAAGCUGGCGCAGGACCAGAACGGGACCCUCAUGAUUCCCAUCCAGGAUCUGGAGGACAUGCCGGCCCCGCAGUACCCUUACAUCCCCCCUAUGACCGAGUUCUUCUUCGACGGCACCAGCGACAUGACCAUCUUCCCCCCACCCGUCAGUAUAGAGCCUGUCGAGGUAGACUUUGGUGCCUGCCCAGGGCCUGAGGCCCCCAACCCUAUACCCCUGUGCCUGAUGAACCACACCAAGGGCAAGAUCAUGGUUGUCUGGACGAGGAGGUCUGACUGCCCCUUCUGGGUGACCCCAGAGACUUGUGACGUGCCCCCUCUCAAGUCCAUGGCCAUGCGCCUGCACUUCCAGCCGCCUCACCCCAACUGCCUUUAUGCGGUGGAGCUCGAAGCCUUUGCCAUCUAUAAGGUGUGUGCACACAAUGAGAGGGAGGAAUGCGGGGUCUCUGCUGGGAGCCUGAACGGCUGGGUAGGGUGGCAGGGAGUGACUGAGGGCGGCUUCGGGCUCCAUCCUCUGCAUGCCAGGCUUUCUGUUGGCUGGACAGCGGCCCCUAUGGGUUUGUCUCCUCCAAAGCUCCUGGCCCAGCUAGGUCCAUCUGAUUUUCUCAUUCUUAUGGAGGCCCUCCUGUCUGUGUCCAGUGUCCUGCAGAACUACAGUAAUAUUGAGGAGGACUGUACCAUGUGCCCAUCCUGGUGCCUGACGGUGCGGGCGCAAGGCCACAGCUAUUUCUCUGGCUUUGAGCACCACAUCCCCCAGUAUUCCUUAGAUGUCCCCAAGCUAUUUCCGGCAGUGUCCUCCGGUGAGCCCACCUACCGCAGCCUGCUCCUGGUCAACAAAGACUGCAUGCUGCUGACCUUCAGCCUGGCCCCCCAGAGAGGCUCAGACGUCAUCCUUCGGCCCACCUCAGGCCUUGUGGCACCCGGGGCCCACCAGAUCUUCCUCAUCUGCACCUACCCCAAGGGCAGCUCCUGGAAGCAGCACACAGUUCUACCUGCAGUGCAAUGCUUCCCCCCAGUAUCUCAAGGUAGGAGGCAGAGGACCUUGCCUGUCCACCCCGUGGGGUCCGAGGCCAAGAAAGAGGGUGCAGAGAACCCAGAGGAAGGAUCUGGGGGAGCAAGACACCUGCAGGUGGUAGAGGGAUAUUUGGGGCCAGGCCAGCAAUAG